CCUCUCUGUAUCUCUCUCUCUCUCUUUUCUCUCUGAUUGUGUUUGGCUGGCAACGAAGUACAUUCCUCUGAGAUCUGGUGGUGGGUUUCGGCAACCAAGGGAAAAAUGGCGGAACCAAAACCAGAUACACCCUUGAUCCCACCAUCGUCUACGCCCUCAACCAAUCGGAACCUCCCAGACUUCAAGAAAUCCAUCAAGCUAAAAUAUGUGAAGCUUGGUUACCAUAUUCUCAUCACCCAUGUAAUGUAUGUUUUCCUUUCCCCUCUUGUAGUUGUUAUUGCCGCCCAGCUCUCAACAUUUUCGCUGCAAGAUCUUUAUGAUCUUUGGGAGCAUCUCCAAUACAACCUGAUUUCAGUGAUCAUCUGCUCGGCCCUCCUGGUGUUCCUAUUCACUGUCUACUUCGUCACCCGUCCUCGCCCUGUGUACCUUGUCAACUUUUCUUGUUACAAGCCGGAAGAAACUCGAAAAUGUACGAAGAAGAUCUUUAUGGAUCAGUCUACGAUGACUGGUUCGUUCACAGAGGAGAAUCUACAGUUCCAGAGAAGGAUCCUUGAGAGAUCCGGCCUUGGUGAUUCAACGUAUCUUCCAGAGGCUGUACUCAACAUUCCUCCAAAUCCCUCAAUGAAAGAAGCCAGGAAAGAAGCUGAGGCAGUGAUGUAUGGUGCCAUUGACGAGCUUUUUGCCAAGACCUCUGUCAAGCCCAAGGACAUUGGAAUCUUGAUUGUCAACUGCAGUUUGUUCAAUCCAACUCCAUCGCUUUCUGCCAUGGUUAUCAACCAUUACCAGCUUCGAGGGAACAUAGUCAGUUACAAUCUAGGUGGAAUGGGAUGCAGCGCAGGGCUCAUCUCAAUUGAUCUCGCUCAAAAGCUUCUUCAGGUGCAUCCUAACUCUUAUGCGCUGGUUAUCAGCAUGGAGAACAUUACAUUGAACUGGUACUUUGGCAAUGAUCGUUCAAAGCUCGUUUCAAAUUGUUUAUUUCGGAUGGGAGGAGCUGCCAUACUUCUUUCAAACAAAAGCUCAGACAGAAGAAGGUCCAAAUACCGAUUGGUUCAUACUGUUCGCACGCACAAAGGUGCUGACGACAAGUGCUUUAGCUGUGUUACCCAAGAAGAAGAUGACGCCGGGCAUAUUGGUGUCACUCUAUCAAAGGACCUGAUGGCUGUAGCUGGUGAUGCUUUGAAGACCAAUAUCACCACAUUGGGGCCUCUUGUUCUUCCAAUGUCGGAGCAGCUGCUUUUCUUUGCGACAUUGGUGGGUAGGAAACUGUUUAAGAUGAAGAUCAAACCUUAUAUCCCAGAUUUCAGACUUGCUUUCGACCAUUUCUGCAUUCAUGCCGGAGGAAGAGCUGUCUUGGAUGAGUUGGAGAAGAACCUGCAUCUAUCUGAUUGGCAUAUGGAGCCAUCAAGGAUGACACUAUACCGAUUUGGAAACACCUCAAGCAGUUCACUCUGGUAUGAGUUAGCUUACACAGAAGCAAAAGGAAGGAUUAAGAAAGGAGAUAGAACAUGGCAGAUAGCUUUUGGGUCGGGAUUCAAGUGUAACAGUGCUGUGUGGAAAGCUCUAAAGACUAUAGACCCUGCCAAGGAAAAGAGCCCGUGGAUGGCUGAAAUUGAUCAGUUCCCAGUCGAUGUUCCAAGAGUGACAACCUUCUAAAUUUCUGAGUUUGGUCUUCCCCGUUCUUAUGCCACUACCAUUUCGGUGGCUUUUGCUAGAUUUUUUUUGUUCUUAAUGAGAUGUUUAGAAUUGGUUUUCUUACUUUUCCACAUCUAAGGUUUUAGGAAGGACUUUCAUUGCUUCAUUUAGAGCAGAUUGUUUGGUGGUCUAGGGUGCAGUGCAGGAUAAAUUUUACCUUUGUACUAAUGCUACUGGGCUUUAUCAGUAUCAGUAUCAGUUGAGGACAUGUAUCUAUG